AUGAUGAAAGAAAGAAGACAAAAUAAAGGAAAUCCAAGGGAAUAUAAACGUAUACAAUGCAUUAUAAAACAGGAAAUAAGAAAAGCGAAAGAAAAAGAACUACUAGAAAAAUGUCGCGAAAUCGAACACAAUCAAAACAUGCACGAUGACUUUAAUGUUUACAGGAAAGUCCGAGAAGUAACAAGGAAAGACCACAGAAACAACUGUAAACCGUUGGUCAACGAAGCAGGAGAAAUCAUCAUUGAUGCGGAGAAAAAGAAGGAGGCCGGGAAAACAUAUCUCGAGGAGCUAUUCCAUGAUGUACGCAAAAAGCAAAAACCAAAUAUAGGAGAGGGACCGGAAAUUCUGGUGGACGAGGUGAAAGCCGCCAUUUCGGAAAGCAGCUGGUCUGAACCGAAUAAAGACUGGAUUCCUAAAGUUACUGAACGAAGAUAA